GGUGCAGUGAGAGUGAUAGCGCUAAAGCAGUUAAGAAUGACAGAGACCAAAAAAAACUAUAUUUUCCAAAUAUCCGGAAUCCGAGACAAGAAAAUAAAGAAGAUAGCACUUGUAGGAAUAAAGAAGCUUGGUGGAAAGUAUAUUGGUGGAUCUUCAUAUAGUGAACUUGCAACACAUCUUAUUGUUGAACAUCCUUCUGCAAGUGAAAAAUUUUUGGCAUUUUGUGCAGCAGGAAAAUGGAUACUGCCAAUUAAGUACUUGACAGAGAGUGACAGGAAUGGUAAAUGGCUACCUGAAGAAUCCUAUGAAUGGAAUAAUGAAAGUGGAAAAUCUUCUUCUUCAUAUGCACAGUACAUGAAAAAUGCCCCCAAAAUUUGGCGAAUGCGAAUGUCUGCAUCUGGUUUUCAUGGAGCUUUUCAUGAUUGGAAAGUUGUUUUAGUGAUUGCCAACAGCAAACGGAAAAAAACAUUUGAACGAGUCCUUAAAGCUGGCAAUGCAACUGUAUUCAAUCAAGUGUCUGCCUUCUAUGAAACUACACAUGUUUUGACAACAAAUCUGGAACAUUGUGAAGAUUAUGCUACAUCUUUGAAAUUGCCCUGCUAUUCUGUAAGCUACAUAGGAGAGUAUUUGUUUGGGCAUUUUGUCAAUUCCAUCUGGCAGAAGGCCCCAUACCAAGGCUUCCAGACAGGUGAAAGUUCACUGCUCUGGAGCAUCCUAGACACCAACAAAUCUAAAAUGGAACAAGAUGAAAAUUUAUCAUGUAUGGAAUAUUCUGAUGAAGAAUCAUCAAGAAGUUUGUGUUCCUCUUUUGACAACAUUUGUAAAAAGGAAGAGUUUUCUGAUUUGGAAAAUAAACUGAAGUCUGAGCUAACUUCACAAAAGUCCCUGAUCUGCAAAUACAUGCCAGUUCACUGUGAAUAUUAUACCAGUACUGUUCCUGAAAUUCAGUGCAAGCCAUCAUCUUUCACCAUGAGUUAUUUGCAACGAAUUGAUUAUCUCAUUAGUGACUCACUUUUUAUAGAAGCACUUGAAGAAGUUCAAAACACUCUGGAAUUGGGUGGCAUUCCACCUGCUCAUGUUUUACGUUCAUUAAUGAGCCAUGCUUUGCAGGAUGAUGCUACUGUUGGUUUCUUGAACAUGUUUACACAUACACUGCAUGAGUUUCUCCACCAGUAUUCUCCUUUGAGUUCAGCUUCUCAAGUACAUUUUUUCCUGGAUUUUCUUCAGUGUCCUAUAUGUAAAAGUGGAACAUGGUCAUUUCUUGAAAAUAUUGCCAGGUUCUGCAUUUCCAAGCACUCAUUUUGCCAUCCUCUUCCAAGCCCUGCUUCAUCGCACCUGUUGAAGUUUCAAAGAAGUUUGCUUAUUUUUUUUAUCAGGUUAUUUGAAUCUGACCUCAGUGGCUUAAAAUCAAACACUUCCACCAUUAUGGUCCAUUCAGUUCUAGAAAGUAUAUUUUGGAGUAAUCUGGACAAAUCUUCACCUUUUUCUAAGCCUAUUGAAGCCUUUGGAAAACUGAUUAUUUUUGUCCACGAUGGAGUAAGCAACAGUAAAGAGGCUGACACAAUGGAAGUAAUUUACAAUAUACAAGAAAUAUUUAGUAUGACAGUGAUGUAUUGGCUUCAGAGCAACCAUAAAUUAAGUCAUCAGCAAAGCAUGAGAAAGUUGAAGGAGCUGGCUGACUAUCUUGUUUUGUUAUUUGAAGACUUACCAUAUGAAGAUUCAGAAAAGCUCAUCUCUCUUUUACAGUCUCCAUGGCUGAAAAUGUUCUGUGCAGAUGCUAUGUAUAGGAAGUUGUGUUCUCAGAAUGGCAUUGUGUUAACAAAAGAACCAAUAUCUCUCUAUAAAAUUGUUUAUACAUAUGCAUUAGCCCUAGGAAAACUAGGUAGUGUUGGUACAAAACAAGCAGGAAGACCUCAGGGGAACAGAAAUGGAAAACAGCUGUGUACUGUACCUGAUACUCCAGCGUUCACUUACAGUGGUGACAGGCAAGACCCUGCCAGUGGUGUGCCAGAUCUUCUUGCCGUGAAAAAUCAAGAGUUGUCUAGAACAAAGUGUUUGUCUGAACAGAAGAAAAUUCCAAGAGGAUUGAAUCGAGUGACAAUGACAGGUGCAAUAGUUAUCAACAUGUAG